GCGCCGCGCUGCGCCUCCCUCCGCGCCUCGCCCGCCCGCUCCCCCUUUCUCUCCCCGGCACUGCAGCAGAGGUUUCACCGCAACGCGAAGCCCACACGGCCCCUCCUCUGGUCUGUCACGCUUGGCGGCUCCUCGGGAGGCUCCCGGCUCCCUCCUGCAGCCUGACGCCGGGAGCAGGAGGCGGAGGCGGCGGCGGCGGCAGCCCGGAACGCCCCGCAGCCCGGCACGACCGACCGACCGACCGACCGACCGAACGCCCCGCAGCCCGGCCGCGCCGCGGCUCUCGCCUCCGCCUGCCCCGCCGGUUGAAUAUUACAGCUUCACAUAUACUUGGGCUUUUUCUACUGAUGUCCAACAUACAACAGAUACUCUGAACAGUAUUCAUCAGAUUCCUCUGCAGCAUAACGGUACUCCUUCUUUAAUACAAGAUGGAGGAAACAUACAAAGAUAGGACUUCACUAAUGAAAGGGGCAAAAGAUAUUGCCAAAGAGGUGAAGAGGCAAGCGGUGAAAAAAGUGAAUAAAGCUGUUGACAAAGCUCAGGAUGGCUACACACAAAGGUCCUACAACCGAUUCCAGGAUGAGGAAGAUGAUGAUGAUUACUAUGUCCAAGGAGGAAAUUAUGGCAUAGAAGUUAAUGAUGAUGAGGGAUCAAGUGAAGCAACUGAAGGGCAUGAUGAAGAUGAUGAAAUUUAUGAAGGGGAGUAUCAGGGAAUCCCCAACAUGGGGCAGGGCAAGGAUGGCAUGGUGGCCUUAGGUCAGCCUAUGCAUGAUGAAUAUAAGGAUCGUCAUGAACUGGAAACGGAGAGGAAAGCUGAUGAAGAAGAGCUAGCACAGCAGUACGAACUGAUAAUACAAGAAUGUGGCCAUGGUCGUUUUCAGUGGGCCCUCUUCUUUGUAUUGGGAAUGGCCCUGAUGGCUGAUGGGGUUGAAGUUUUUGUAGUUGGAUUUGUGUUACCAAGUGCUGAAACAGAUAUGUGUAUACCUAAUUCUGGAUCAGGAUGGCUUGGUAGCAUAGUGUACCUUGGGAUGAUGGUGGGGGCAUUCUUCUGGGGAGGCUUGGCAGACAAGGUGGGAAGGAGACAAUCACUCCUGAUAUGCAUGUCUGUCAAUGGAUUCUUUGCCUUCCUUUCAUCAUUUGUCCAGGGCUAUGGCUUCUUCCUCUUCUGUCGCUUGUUUUCUGGAUUUGGGAUUGGUGGAGCUGUGCCAACAGUCUUCUCUUAUUUUUCGGAAGUGCUUGCUCGUGAGAAACGAGGUGAACACCUGAGUUGGCUUUGUAUGUUUUGGAUGAUUGGCGGCAUCUAUGCUUCUGCAAUGGCUUGGGCAAUAAUUCCUCAUUAUGGAUGGAGUUUCAGCAUGGGCUCCGCCUACCAGUUCCACAGCUGGCGAGUAUUUGUGAUUGUCUGCGCACUGCCCUGUGUCUCUUCCGUGGUAGCCCUCACCUUCAUGCCAGAAAGCCCAAGGUUCUUGCUGGAGAUUGGGAAACAUGAUGAAGCCUGGAUGAUACUCAAGCAAAUUCAUGACACAAACAUGCGAGCUCGUGGUCAGCCUGAGAAAGUCUUCACAGUUAACAGAAUCAAAACUCCGAAGCAGAUAGACGAGCUUAUAGAAAUAGAAAGCGAUACAGGCACUUGGUACAGGAGGUGUUUUGUUAGAAUUCGCACAGAGCUAUACAGUAUUUGGUUGACAUUUAUGAGAUGCUUCAACUACCCAGUGAAGGAUAACACAAUCAAACUUACAGCUGUAUGGUUCACCCUGUCUUUUGGCUACUACGGCUUAUCUGUCUGGUUUCCUGAUGUCAUUAAACAUCUGCAGUCAGACGAGUACGCGUCCCGAGUGAAACAUUUCCGCAAUGAGGAGGUUUCACAUUUUGUCUUCAACUUCACACUGGAAAAUCAGAUUCACAGUAAUGGAGAAUACAUCAAUGACAGGUUUAUUAUGAUGAAGUUUAAAUCAGUAACCUUUGAAGAUUCACUUUUUAAGAACUGUGUGUUUGAAGACAUUACUUCUCUGAACACAUACUUCAGGAACUGUACCUUUGUGAAUACCACCUUCUACAACACAGAUCUUGAGCAAUAUAAAUUUGUUGACAGCGAAUUGAUAAAUUGCACAUUUUUCCACAUCAGGACAGGAUGCCAGAUUUCUUUUGAUGAUGACUACAGUGCCUACUGGAUUUACUUUGUUAAUUUCCUGGGAACUUUGGCAGUGUUACCAGGGAAUAUUGUGUCCGCUCUCCUGAUGGAUAGAAUUGGACGGUUAACGAUGUUAGGUGGUUCCAUGGUUCUCUCUGGCAUCAGUUGUUUUUUCCUGUGGUUUGGGACCAGUGAAUCCAUGAUGAUAGGUAUGCUGUGCCUCUACAACGGUCUCACCAUCUCAGCGUGGAACUCUCUAGAUGUCAUUACUGUGGAGCUGUAUCCUACAGACAGAAGGGCAACAGGCUUUGGCUUUUUGAAUGCACUAUGCAAAGCAGCAGCUGUACUUGGAAACUUAAUAUUUGGUUCUCUUGUUGGUAUCACCAAAGCAAUCCCUAUUCUACUUGCUUCUACUGUUCUAGUAUGUGGAGGUCUGGUAGGACUUCGGCUUCCUGACACAAGAACCCAGGUGUUGAUGUAACUGGAAAAAGCCAUUUACUAUUUAUUUCUUCCUUUGUACAAAUGUCAACUCUCCUGACUGGUGGUGCAAAGGCUUCAGAUUCUCAACUCUUAGUAGAGUGCUCAGAUGUCAGAAAUCAAACUCAAAAGAUAAUUUGGAGUGGCAGAGAUUUAGAAACCUCUGUAUGAAAGUUUGAAAUUCCACUUUUGUUUGCUUGCAUACAUUGCUAUUCAAACCACUUAACUUCAAACUGCAAAGCUACCUCUUAAAACACUUUCGGUGACAUGCCCAGGAAGGUAAAAACCGUACUGAUAAUUAGAUAUUUAAAAUGCAAGCAGUCAUAUUAUAUAAAAAAUAUGUGCUAAAUUUGGCCAUGACAUUGUGAGCUUCUGUAACAGUAUAGGCAUACAAGUCUUAGUCUUACUUGGCAGUAUCGGUUCAGAGAAUAUUAAUGUAUCAGUGCAUGUAGCAUUAAUUAAGAAAAUCCACAGAUCACUUCGGAACUGAGAACACAGUUCUGCAGCUGUACUUAGAUAGCAAAAACUUGUGGCAAUGCCUCUUUCUUGGGAAACCUUUUUAGGCAGAUUCAGUCUAAAGUGAAGAUUACCAACUGCAUCUCAUAUUUGCUGAGGAGAAGGCAACAGCUACUUCAGGGAGAUGAAAAGACCAUAUAGGUAAGCGGCAAAUAGAAUAAUAUAAUAAACAGUUUCAUAAUUUGCUGCUGAUCCUCCAGAAAAAUUUUGUUUUCUUCUCACUUGUGGCAUCUGGAAUAUUUUUACCAUUUUAAAAAAGUGAAUUUGUCUUAAUCCAGGAAUGAAUCAAAGCAAAUAUUUAUGUUGUUGUAAGUAUGAAUAAUGGAAGAAUCAGAUCACUGAACUAUAUGAAAAGUAAGAUGCUUUCAGAAGCUUGUUUGGUAUUUACACUUCUAAUACAUUUUUCUGUAUCAGUGAAUGGUUCUAAAAAUAUAUGACCAUAGAAUGCACCUAGUAAAUUGAGUCAGGUCAUAACUUCAAUAUAGAGUAUAAUGUAAUUAAAACAUCUCAAAAGAUUUUUUUUAUAUAUAUAUAAUAACAAGAAGAAAACAAAUCUAGAAAAUACCUUCAUUUUUUUCAGAGUUUAUACACUUCUUUAUAUAACCAUUUUCUCAGCUGAUAUUUAAUAGUUCUAGAAAUAUCUCACCAUUUAACACUUUCCAAUAUCUCUCUGAAAGUCCAUUAAGAAGGAAGCUAUCACAAGGUGGCAGGGAGAGGUAAUGCUUUUAUUAGACUAAGUGCAAGGAUGGAGAGUAAAUGAUAGUAAAUAUAUUUCUUCUAAGCGAUAUGCUGUGGACUGUUCUGAAUUACAGUAAAGAGUUCCUCACCAGUCCUACUGCUAUGCAAAAUGCUAUGGGAUCUCUUUAAAAUAUUAGCAUUCAAAAUUUAAUACAAAUAAAUUUAUAAAAUUAACAGAUCCUAUGAUGACAGAAACUGUCAUUGAUUUCAGUGGAGCUAAAACAACUUAUAUCAGCUGAUGAACUGUCUGCAGUUUCAAGUUUCGAAGAACAAAUUUAUUAUAAAACAUAAAGAAAUAUUUAUCAGGUUUUUAAAAUUAUUUCUGACAACAUUUAUUAGGUGGUUGAAUCAUUGCCAAAGAAAUCAGGCUCUCAGAAGAGGUCAUUGUGUAGUAAGAUAGAUUUUUUUUUCAUUAGUUUUGGGUAGUAAUAUCUAUCACUGUAUUCUGUGUCAGUCAUCAUCUUAGUGGUAUUGAAAGUGUCAGUAGAAGUCCCCAUAAGAAGAUCAUUAAUUACAUUUAAAGCUUACUGUAAUAAUUUACUGAUUCUAGAAGUUACAUUUUUUGCUUACUAAUAAAUGCUUGUGCUACACAUUGUAGCACCAAAAUGUUAGCCCAAGAUGUGGUUUUCUGCUAUUAAGAAAUUAAGAAAGUAGCUGAGUUAAAAAAGCAUGAGUAUGGAAAACUUGUGGGCAUUUUUUUGAUGUUGAUAAUUUAAAUAUAAUAUAGUAAGAAACAAAGUUUAGGAAGUGUGUUUAUUUUGCAGUAUAAACAUUUAAGAUAUUAUAAAUGAAAUAUUUUAUAUUUAAAUUUGAUUUAAACAUGUCUUUUAAAUUUCUAACCUAUGUUAAAAAGAAAGAAAAAAAAAAAGGAGGAAGAAUUCUUUUUCACCAAGUUCCAGGUGAAGAACAAAAUGCUGGUUUUAGUUUUGCAUCUGUUACUUUUGUUCACUAGUCAUAGUCUUAGUAUUAUGCCAAGGCUGUUUUCUCCAAUGAGAAUUAUAUUUGAGCCCUAUUGCUCUGUGUCAUUCAUUAGUAGCAUGUGCCCUCCUCCUUGUACUUACUGCACAAUUUAUUUUGAAAUCUGAAGCCUCUGUACAUAUUUGGAGUGAACAUCAACAGCAAUGGUAAAAUAUUACAUUGUCUUGUUAUGCACUAUGCACUGUCUGCUUGAAGUAGUAUAUUCUGUCCAUCUCUGUAUGUAAUUUUGAAAAGCAUCCAGAUCCAUCACUUCAUGCCACCUGACCAGUGUGGAGAAAUUGGGCCACAGAAAAAUAAGGUUCAACUUUUGAGAGCUACAGUUCAAGGCUAACGCAUUAAAAUCUCAUUACAUGUAAAAUUACGUUGAUUUCAAUGAUGGUUCUUAUCAUAAAUCCUGAAUAUGUCAUAGGUAUGUAACUAAGUCUGGAUGAAGUGGAAUAUAGCAACAACAGGAAUUAGUAAAGAACAAAAUUCACAACUACAUCGACCUUACAUGGUCCAGAAUUAGAGUGUUCUGAGGUAGGUAAAGGAAAAAAGAAUAGUGGGUAGAAAAGGGGAGAAAAAGUAAAUGGAAGAGAUGAACAAAUUAAAAAAAUCCAUGAACAUUUCCAACAUAUUAAACAGUACUUAAAGCUAGAAUUUCCCUAGCUGGUGAGCCAGUUGGCUCAACAGAUUUGAACUAGUGCACAAGCCAGCGUCAAGCUGUUUGAAUAACCUAUUGUUUGGGCUUGAGCACAGUAAAGAUUUAUUUCACAAAGACAAAAGAAGUUAAUGCAAUUUCAAGUUACAAAUUCUUGGUUAGAUAGGUACAGUCCACAGGCUGGAACAGAAAUACUUAAUCUAUGGAGAUCUGGACACAAAUAAUACAUUAUAAACAAAAGUCAUUUGGCUGGUCUUUAGCGAAUUUGUCUUUUUUUGCAGCUUCCGGAGCAAUCUUAGGUAAUAAAUAAUGGACAGUAGGAAUUACGCUUCCUUUCUAUGUCUAUUCACUUAUAUUUCUCACAAAGAAUAUCCUAGUGACCUGGUUAGAACCCUGAUACACACAGAGAACCAAACUUGGUAACAUUUGUGUAUCAGAGCUAUCAAACAUAUAUAAUCAAAACUGCUUAUUUGUCUGUUUUGGUCACUGAAUUGACUAACCACUAAUUGGAAACUUCUUUCAGUCUAAAUUGAAGUAGGAUAUAAGGUCUAGGGCACUUCUCCUGCAAAGCUGAAAGACUCAUCCCAACCACAGCAAUGACAAAAAGUACAGUGGCCCCUAAAGACCAAGGAAGACCGACAGUAUUUAGAAUGGUAUUAACCAUGACAGUCAACUACUUUCAAAUUUUAAAAAUGUCCACAAGAGAGACCACAUGUUUUCAUUUUUGGCAAAGAAAUUUUAUUUUAAUUAGUUUUACACAUUAAAGGUUUUCUGAUAGUAGAGCUUGACUUAGCAAACUCUUAUUUCUUGAAAGCAUCUUAUUCACUGUGUUUGUACAUUUUAACCAGGUUGGCUAUAUUCAUGCUAGCACCUUGUUGGUUGGAAGCAUGUACUAUAACAUUUGGUAUGCGUUGCGUUGAUUGCUGAUUACGGACUCCUAGCAAUGGAAUCAGGACUAGGUGUUCAUUUUUUCUGGAGUGCUGAAAGGAAUUUCAAAUGAAUUAUAUGUUGGAAAGCCUUCCUCCCCUAUGCAAGUGCCCUUCCAGAGGUGUGUACUACAAAACUUCCACACAGGUGAAAAAGUGUUAGCCCUCCUUCCUCAUGGCUCUUCUGGUCUACUCUUUGUUCAUUAUCUUAGAAAAGUGGCUCAAAGUAAGACUGGUAACUCAAGCUCUGCUCUUUUUCUCUUCAUGUCCUUCCAUUCAUUCCAUCCCACAUUGCUUUUUUCACUACAGGACCAGUCUUAAAUAAAGUCAAAACUUGCUGCUCAUGGUCUCCCUUGCUUCUGGCUUCAUAGUAACAUUCCAUAAGAAGGUUUGCCACAUGUCUUUUUCAAUUUGGCCAUCAUUUUUUAAACCAAGAUGGAAAGUGAGCUCAGAAGUCCUUCAGACAAUUUUACCCAUUUGAGGCAGCCAGACUCCACAUUUCCCUGUGUAUCCAGAAGGCUGAACUAAUACAAGGAGGGGUCUCCUCUCAGAAUGGCCCUUGCUGGACUACUUUUGUUGUAGGUGCAGAUAUGGGUGAAUCUUGUCUGUGUGCCCAGCUCAGCUCCAUUUGUAAGAAAUUCUGUUCUUGUUUUCUUUUUCUGCUACUAUAGUGUGGUAUCUUUGUGUAACUGCUCCUGAGGCACAACUGCUGAUUGGAAUUCUUAGCAAUAUAAUCUAGUCCUUGGCCCCUCUAUGGAAAGCCUCUGUGUGCUGGGCUUUAGCUCUCUUCUCUGUGAGUUUUAAAAUGAUCUUCAUCAGUCAGAGAAAGAUGUUUACAUCGAGUCACACCUCUUUACCUAAACAAGAUGAUAUCAUGCUAAUACAACUUACAAGCCAUGUUUCCUGUUUAAUAACCUGGAAAUGCAAUUGAAAUUUCAAUCACAAUGUUAAAAAAUGAAUCCUUGCACUCAGGGGGUCAAAUACACAAAAAGUGAAAACAGAAAUGCUUCACUUCCUCUGGAGUCUUGAAAGAAAACACAUGUUCAGUUAUAUUCCAGAAGAAAGCAUGUGGGAGAGACUGCUUUUCCUCUGUAUUUCCUGUCUUCUUGUUCAUUAAACUUACUGUUAAAUAUUAGGUAUUUGCCUGAAUUAGUACUUUCCAAUGCUAUUAGUUCAGGAAACACAACAUGAAAAGACAGACUUUUGCCUGUGGUUUGAAGGAAAAACAGGGGUCAGACAGUGAUGUGGAAUUAGCAGAGACAUGUUAGCCAGAAAAUCUGGAACUCAGUUCAGAACCUGAAUUAGAGAGCACUAAUUUAUAAUGCUAUUUGCAGAUCUCCCUCACUUUCACUUACCCUCACUCAAUCUACAACCAGUCUAUAUGCUGAAAUCAGCUUCAUUUGCUUUCUUUUAACAUUAGUUAUUUCAAACAAGUGAUGCAAAGUAUUUUUGGAUCCAUUAUUGUUAUCGGCAUCCUUUAUUUUUUUUACAAUGGUGAAUACCCUACUUCUUCCUGCAAAGGAACGUUCCUUCAAUAUUUACUCCUACUCUAGAUGUGUAAGAGUAAUAUAUAGAACUUCAUCCACAUUCAGGUCCUUUCUUUGAUGCAGUGGCUUAGCAUUUCAAAAACAAGAAAAAGACAAAAUGGGCCUGAUUUAUUCACUUUUAUUAUUUGAUAAUAGGUCGAAUUAUCUCCAAAGAUGAUGACCUGCAAUAUGUAACCAUGUUUCAUAGCCCUUGGAGUACAUUCUGUCCAACUAAAAAUUAAUAAACCAGUAACUUUUGGCAGUGUCCUCCCAUGACAUACACAGAAGAUACACUUACUAGGAUCAAAAUACUUAGGAAAAAAAUGGGGGAAAAUACAGGUGUAAUUGGUUUCUGGGGUAAACAAUCUUCCCUGAUUGACAAAGGUCUAGAAGAUAUUGCUUGCUUCUGACCAGUACACAGUCCAAUAACCAAAGAUUGGAGAUUACUUAACAAUGAAGGUAUUGUAUGAGUAUGACCUGACACAAAAGUAUUGUCCUUUCCACUCAGGGUAUUCAUGAAUAUACAUUUUAAUGACACAUACCUGAGAAGAUUUGUAGAGAUCUUUCCCCUACUCUGUCCAUCAACACUUCUGAGCUGUAGCCAGACACAUCCAUCUGCAAGUGAAAGAGAGAAAUUGCUGGCAGUCUGGCUUUCAUCACUCUCUCCACAGCUAACCACCUAAGAUCAUUAUGCUUGGAUCCUAAGGAUCUGAUUUUUUGCUCAUCUUCCUACUUUCUAAUUUUGGACAUCUACCACCUGCCACUCAGUUUUCACCAGUAGUCCUGACCAAGCAAGUUGAAGUUACUUGCUGCUAAUGGACAGUGCUCAUAACUCAUCACAAGCACAGUACUCGAGUCCAAUGUCCUAUGUGUUCUUCCAGUUUCAUCCAUUGUUUAGAGCUAGAGUUGUCACCUAAUAUUUACCUCUGAUAAUACUGCAUGUUUUCUAAGCUAUAAGACAUGUCUUCUAUCCUCUUACUGUCUGCCUUGGAAAUACAUGUUUGUCUCCCACUGGCCAUAUGGUAAAUGUAAUUUUUGAAUCCCAUGUAAACCUGACUUACCCAGUUAAAAGGUGAUCUUUCAAAAGAAGGGGUUCAGGAAAUACUAAUGAAUUGGAAUCAAAUUAAAUACAAACUAUGAAGAGGAAGAUUUCGAGGCCUAGGGUUCUAUUACCUUUAUUUUUGUCAUCUGUUUUCCUUAAAUCCUAGCCUGCAUCUAUAUAAUACUGUCUAUUGUAAAGAAGAGGUAUUACACAGUUAGAGGUGAAUACACAUACAGACACACGUGUGGGUGAGUAUACACACACUCCCCUCCCUAUAACACAGGUGGAUGUAACACUUACAAACUAUAUUCUCAUAUCAGUCUUGAUGACACUAAGUAUUAUUUUCUGCAUUGUGCAUUAUGCUUUGAACACAAAUAACACCCUGUUCCGCUCCUUAGGCAGAACCCUUUACUUAUUCAUGUGCAAAAUUGUUGGGAUGCUAAGAUUCAUCAUCUUAGCUGGCCAUUAGCUUCCAAUUAUUGGAAGGGAACUUCUGAAAUGAUCUGAGAAAUGAGCUCUGACUUGGACGUAGCCUUCCCCCCAACCUCGCCACCAUAGUGUGCCAAACAGCAAACCAGCACAUUGUGCAAAGGCACUGGUCAUGUUCCAGUGACUAGGAGACCAGCACUCCCAGACACAUAAAAUUCUAAAAUCUAUUAAUUUUGUCUUAUUCAGCCAGAAUUCCUUCAAAUUAUUCCAUGUGGAUCUUAACAUGUUCACUUCUGUGUAAUGUGUGAGAAAAUGUCUGUGUCUUCCUGUAUUGUAUGUUUUUUAUUGUUUCUGCAUACAUAGAUGCUGUAUGUUCUAGUAAUGUGGUUAAACAAUUGUUUGCUGCUGUUCUUAUCAGCAAUCUUUGACCAGCCUGAAACAGAACCAUUGCCAGGGUGUCUUUCAAUUAAUGAUUAACACCCACAAAGAUCUUCUACAGUAAUUACUGCUGUAUAAAGUAAUUGCAGCUAUAAUUUGAGCAAAUCUAGGGUGAAAAUAACAGCAUAUGCACACAGAAGAGUGAGGCUGAGAGAGCUCUUUCAAAAGCUCUGGCAACUGCUACAUUUCUCCUUCCCUCUUCACAGGAUAUUCACUCUUUGCAGUGUGUUUUCUCUUGUGGGGGACAUGCACACAUGCUGAAGAACUAAGAAAACAGCAGAAGAAAGAGAGUAUUCUUUCCACAGGACCUAACAGUGUAUAUUUGCUAUAGGAAAGCCAACUCUCUACUAAGAUUAAAACAAACUAAACAAACAAACUCAAGCAGCUUGCAAUUCUUUUUUCUUUUGUUUGUUUUUUUUUUUUUUUUCAUGUGUUCUAUGACUUGAUAAACUGCAUAUCAGUCUAUACCAAACCUUUGGGAGGAAACUAUGAAAGGGUAACAAUGCCCGCAUCAUAGUACUUUUGGAAAGCAGUGGGUUUUUCCAAAAGGAAGAUGUACUCACUGAGUGGGACUAUGGCAUAUAGUUUCUAACUGUUAUCAUGGAUAGACAGUUUUAAGUAGAAAAUUGCCAUUCAGAUUCAAAGUAGUAGUAGAUAAUAGUACCUUCUAUUUGGAAACUUGUAAACAUAGGUUAAAACCAAUAGUUUAGAAGGAAAAGGAGAAUGGUAAAAUUUGGAGAGCGGCUUACAAAACACAACCUCCCCACAACUCUGACAAGCCUUACAGCUCUUUCCUGUUUCUUCGUGCCACAAAUCCAUUCUGAUACACUGACUGAUUUCAUUAGUGCUUCACUAGUGAAGGUUUUUACUGACAUUUGCAACAAAAAUGAGAGCAAGCAUGAAAUGAGCACUGUAGAAAAGAUAGCUCAUUUAUAAAGAGUUUUAAAAAAAUGCACCAGGUUGCUACCGACUGCAUUUAUUGUCUUCCUGGUGGUUUAGGAUCCUACAAGGUGUUACAUGAAACUGGUAUUGUGUGUGUAAACUGAUCCCUGCUUAAAUCAGUGAAGGAAUUUACAGGAUCAGGAUCUUAGCUUUCUCUUUCAAAACUAUUAAAUACAUUAUUGUCUAUACUGUCAUGCUGGAAUUGUUGUGAGAGCAAUGUAUUAUUUUAGCCCUUAUUUUUAACAUGAAUAAUUUUAGCCUGUUUUUUUUCCCUAUGAACGUAAUGUUUCCCAAACAGUAAAAGGAUUUUUAAUAGCAUCCCAUGCUGCAAGCCUAAUAAAUCAACUGACAGCUUAUUUUAACCAUUUUCUAUAGAGUAUUGUAUUAAAAAUCACAAUUAAAACAUUCCAAAAAAAUGCUACAUUACCCUCAGCUGCAUAACAUCAUGACAACUAAAUUGUAUCUCAUACUUGGCUUCAAAUAUAUGCAAUAAUGUACUAUACAUAAUCAGAUUUUUUUUUUAAGUGGGCAGUCUCCUUUACAGUGUAAUGACAUGCAGAAGCCAGGCAUCAAGGACAAGGUACUGAAAGUAGAACUCUUUGACUUCAUUGUAAUUUAUUGUCAUUGUCAGAUUACUGAUUUUCUUAAAAACUUGUUAGCAUUUUCUAAGGCUGAGCAAGAGAAGGAAAACAUGUAUUCUUUCCUAGUUUCUCGUGAGAUGUACUCUGUUCCCAGUUUCUCCUACUAAACUUCCACUCAAAUUGCCAAUUGCUCUGAGCCAACUGGGAGUACAAUAUUUCAAACUGUCUUUAGAGUACAAAAGUGCAGGUGUGUUAGCGUGCAUAUGUUGUCAAGGAAAUCAUAACCAUUUCUGACAGUCUCCAUUUCUUAAUGCAAGGAAACAUGUACAUAUUGUAUAUACAGUAAUGAGCUACUUUGAAGUCAAAUUCCCAUUUAUACAUGUUUACUUACAGAUCCGCUAAUCUCCAACAAGAUCUUGGCAAUGGUCCUGACCCUUCUGUUUCUUUCUUUCUUUGUUUUCCUUACUGCUGUGUGUGAUCUCCUGUAAAGCAGGUUGCAGUCAUCACUAUUGUAUAUACGUGUUUGCAUGUGUGUGCCUUGAUAAAUUCUCUCUUUUGGAGUUCUGAAUUUUUCAUUUUAAGUCCAGCUGGCACAAUUGUGAACUCAUCUUUCCAGUAUGCUCCUCUGUAUCAGAUUGCCAACUUCCAAAAUGUUUGACCAAGUGUUUUGAUUAAGUACCCUGAGGAAAGCUGUCUGUAUACUUGUGAAAGGGCAUGCUCUGUGUAGGAUGACUGUGUACAGUAUAAAUAUAUAAAGCGUGGAAGUGUUUAUAAAUUUAUCUGCCAAAUAUUUAUCAUCCAUGUAACAAAUGCGAAGUUAUUUAGUGUACAACAGAUUAAUACAGGGGCAUUUUUUUGCUCCACUAUAUUCAAAUAAAGAUUUGUUCUCUGCAAUGAAUAUAUAUCAGGUGUGAUGAUAGCCAGAACAUCAUUUUUCACUACCCACAAAAUACUGAAAACAGAUGUUUUACCUUAAUUAGUUCUUUUACAAAGGCUCUCUAUCUACCUCAUCUUUAGUGCCUGUAACAGAGGUUGAACAUGUAUUAAAAGAAAGCAUGGAACAAGUUAAUAAAGUUAAAGCAAUGUAAAUGACCGUAAAAAAAGACAGAAUAAAAGUUGCUAUGGUUGCAAGAGACAAA